AUGACAAGACUUCAGAGCGUCAGGACUCCUGCUUUCAAAUUCUCAUGCUGUCCACUGAGUCAACUUGAAGGUCAGAGUCCAGCUUUAAGGUCACAGAGUCCAACGAAAGGUCACGAGUCAACCCGAAAGGUCAGGGAGUCCAGCUUGAAAGGUCAGGAGUCCAGCUUUAAAGGUCACGAGUCCAGCUUGAAAGGUCACGAGUCCAGCUUGAAAGGUCAGGAGUCCAGCUUGAAAGGUCAGGAGUCCAGAUUAAAGAGUCAGCUUAAUAUUUGUGUCAACAACCCCGGCACUGUCAACAACCUCGGCACUGUCAACAACCCCAGCACUGUCAACAACCUCGGCAACAACCCCGGCACUGUCAACAACCCCAGCGCUGUCAACAACCCCGGCAUUGUCAACAACCCCACUAAUCUCAACAACCUCGGCACUGUCAACAACCUCGGCACUGUCAACAACCCCAGCACUGUCAACAACCCCGGCACUGUCAACCUCGGCACUGUCAACAACCCCAGCACUGUCAACAACCCCAGCACUGUCAACAACCCAGGCACUGUCAAUAACCUCGGCACUGUCAACAACCCCGACACUGUCAACAACCCCGGCACUGUCAACAACCCAGGCACUGUCAAUAACCUCGGCACUGUCAACAACCCCGACACUCACUGGCAACAACACAACAACCUCGGCACUGUCAACAACCUCGGCACUGUCAACAACCCCGGCACUGUCAACAACCCUAGCACUGGCAACAACCUCGGCACUCAACAACCCCAGCACUGUCAACAACCCCCAGCACUGUCAACAACCCCAGCACUGUCAACAACCCCGGCACUGUCACCAACCCUCGGCACUGUCAACAACCUCAGCACUGUCAACAAUCCCGGCACUGUCAACAACCCCAGCACUGUCAACAACCCAAGCACUGUCAACAACAACAACCCCGGCACUGUCAACAACCCCAGCACCGUCAACAACCCCGGCACUGUCAACAACCCCAGCACUGUCAACAACCUCGGCACUGUCAACAACCUCGGCACUGUCAACAACCCCAGCACUGUCAACAACCCCAGCACUGUCAACAACCUCGGCACUGUCAACAACCUCGGCACUGUCAACAACCCCAGCACUGUCAACAACCCCAGCACUGUCAACAACCCAGCACUCAACAACCCGGCACUGUCAACAACCCAGCACUGUCAACAACCCCAGCACUGUCAACAACCCCAGCACUGUCAACAACCCCAGCACUGUCAACAACCCCAGCACUGUCAACAACCCCGGCACUGUCAACAACCCCAGCACUGUCAACAACCCCGGCACUGUCAACAAUCUCGGCACUGUCAACAACCCGGCACUGUCAACACCGGGUACUAUCAACACAAAUCAAGUAACAACAAUAACAAAACAAAUAACAAGAAUAGCAACACAAGUAGCAACAACAAUAACACAAAUAACAACAACAACACAGACACCAUACCCCAUCAAUAA